AGCUCCAAAAGAGAGUGGAAGCCCCUGGAAGACCGUAGCUGCACAGACGUACCAUGGCUACUGCUCUUUGUCCUCUUCUGUAUCGGGAUGGGAUUUAUUUGUGGCUUUUCAGUAGCAACAGGUGCAGCAGCAAGACUAGUGUCAGGAUACGACAGCUAUGGAAAUAUCUGUGGGCAGAAAAAUGCAAAGUUGGAAGCAAUACCAAACAGUGGCAUGGACCACACCCACCGGAAGUAUGUAUUCUUUUUGGAUCCAUGCAAACUGGACUUGAUAAACCGGAAGAUCAAGUCUGUAGCACUAUGUGUAGCAGCAUGUCCAAGACAAGAAUUGAAAACCUUGGGUGAUGUCCAGAAGUUUGCAGAGAUAAAUGGCUCAGCACUAUGUAGCUACUCCAUAAAGCCUUCUGAAUAUACAAAAUCUGCUGAUCUUUGCCCCAAACUACCAGUUCCAGCGAGUGCACCUAUUCCAUUCUUCCAUCGCUGUGCUCCUGUGAACAUUUCCUGCUAUGCCAAGUUUGCAGAGGCCCUGAUCACCUUUGUCAGUGACAAUAGUGUCUUACACAGGCUGAUUAGUGGAGUAAUGACCAGCAAAGAAAUUAUAUUGGGACUUUGCUUGUUAUCACUAGUUCUGUCUAUGAUUUUGAUGGUGAUAAUCAGGUAUAUAUCAAGAAUACUUGUGUGGAUCCUAACAAUUCUGGUCAUCCUAGGUUCACUUGGUGGCACAGGUGUACUAUGGUGGCUAUAUGCAAAACAAAGAAGAUCACCAAAAGAAAAAGUUCUUCCUGAACAGCUUCAGAUAGCUGAAGACAAUCUGCGGGCCCUCCUCAUCUAUGCCAUUUCAGCUACAGUAUUCACAGUUAUCUUGUUCCUCAUAAUGCUGGUUAUGCGCAAACGUGUUGCCCUCACAAUUGCCUUGUUCCACGUGGCUGGUAAGGUCUUCAUUCACCUGCCGCUGUUAGUCUUCCAACCCUUUUGGACCUUCUUUGCUCUUGUCUUGUUUUGGGCAUACUGGAUCAUGACACUUCUUUUUCUUGGCACUACCGGCAGUGCUGUUCCCAAUGAACAAGGCUUUGUGGAGUUUAGAAUUUCUGGCCCUCUGCAGUACAUGUGGUGGUACCAUGUGGUCGGCCUCAUUUGGAUCAGUGAAUUUAUUCUAGCAUGUCAGCAAAUGACUGUGGCUGGAGCAGUAGUAACAUACUACUUUACUAGGGAUAAAAGGAAUUUGCCAUUUACACCCAUUUUGGCAUCAGUGAAUCGCCUUAUUCGCUACCACCUUGGUACUGUGGCAAAAGGAUCGUUUAUUAUCACAUUAGUAAAAAUUCCACGAAUGAUCCUUAUGUACAUUCACAGUCAGCUGAAAGGAAAGGAAAAUGCUUGUGCACGAUGUGUGCUGAAAUCAUGUAUUUGUUGCCUUUGGUGUCUUGAAAAGUGCCUAAAUUAUUUAAAUCAGAAUGCAUACACAGCCACAGCUAUCAACAGCACCAACUUCUGCACCUCAGCAAAGGACGCCUUUGUCAUUCUGGUGGAGAAUGCGUUGCGAGUAGCUGCCAUCAACACAGUGGGAGACUUCAUGUUAUUCCUAGGCAAGGUGCUGAUCGUCUGCAGCACGGGCUUGGCUGGGAUCAUGCUGCUCAACUACCAGCAGGAUUACACCGUGUGGGUGCUGCCUCUGAUUAUCGUCUGCCUCUUUGCUUUCCUGGUCGCUCACUGCUUCCUGUCCAUUUACGAAAUGGUAGUGGAUGUAUUAUUCUUGUGUUUUGCCAUUGAUACAAAGUACAAUGAUGGGAGCCCUGGAAGAGAGUUCUAUAUGGAUAAAGUGCUAAUGGAAUUUGUGGAAAACAGUAGGAAAGCAAUGAAAGAAGCUGGUAAGGGAGGCGUUGCUGAUGCCAGAGAGCUAAAGCCGAUGGCUUCGGGAGCAAGUUCUGCUUGAACCUAGCCGACGGUUAUGGAACCCGUUGACAUUCCAAAACAAUAUAUACACAUAACUAUGUAUUUGUGUGUGUGGGUGUGUGUAUAUAUGUAUAUGUAUGUGUGUAUAUAUAUGUAUGUAUAUAUACACACACACAUAAUCAGCCAAAAUCAGAAAAAAGGAACAGGGAUUUAAUACCUUUUUUAUGCUUAUUUUUCUCAAACAUGUACUCCUUUCAUACGGGUGGCUUUUACAAGGCAACUUCCGUCAUUUAAUGUUUUUGAUUGUAAUUGUCUUAAUGGAAAUGUUAGAUUCAUAUCUGAUUAACAUUUUUAAUAACUUAGAGGAGAUUUUAACUUUAGUUAUUUAAAUUAGGUGAAAUUGUUGUAACAAAUUCUUGUCUAAAAUUUAUUCGGGAAUAAUUUCCUGAUGUGCAGAUAACAAGAUCUUAUUUUACUGAGGCCUAAGUCCCAGCACAUCAAGACAAGGCAUGUGCUUUCAGAUAAAUGCAGCAUCAUUACAGCCCGUCUCCCCCAAUCAAAAGCCAUGUCAUUUUACUUUUAGAAACAUGCAAGUGGGCCCAUCAUGGGAAUUUUCUUAGUAGCUCAUACAUUUGUCAGCCAACAUUGAAGAGAAACCAACUUCUCAGGUAUUUGUAGUUUACCCUAAUGCUUCUAUAGAAGAAAGUUGGAAAAAAAGAAAAGGGUAGAUAAUCUUUCUUAUGCAAACCUUUUCCUUGCAUUUGUCUUUCUUUUUUGACUUCAGUAGUAUCCUCCACACAUUUGUGUGCCUGAUUUGAACGGAAGCUGGGGCAACCAGCAAAUAUAGCCUUUAAGUUUCUGUGUAUUAAUUUGUAGAUUAAGUAAUAUUAAGAGGAAUAAAAAGGGAAAAAUAUGUAGAGCAUAGAGCAUUGAAAAUUCCAGUGCUUGGGCUUCUGCUUCAGAAGAGCAUCAUUGGCUUAGAGUUAAAACAGCCAUUGCAUUCAAAUGUUUGCUAUAAAAUCUGAAAACACACUGGCAGGUGCUCCUCUCUUUGGCAAUUUAUAGACUAUCCAGUGUUCUACAAUGUUUAACUGAAGAAUUGGUUAAGUUUUGAUCCUCAAGUGUGAAUGUUCUUUAUGUUUGGGGAUGGGGUUGAGGUUUUUUGUUGUUUCAUUUUUUACUCUUGAAGCUUACCAGAUAUGAAUGGCUAAUAUUCCAUUGUUCUGCUUAUUGUAAUGGUGAAUGCUUUAAGGAAAAAAAAGUGUAAUUUGCUAAGAAUAAUUCAUGAUCUGUUUAUGCGAUAACUCCUUUUUGUUACAAUUUUUUUAAAAAAAGCUAUUUUUGUUAAUGUAAAGUAAAUAUUUCAGAGCAGAUUUUUUAAACUUAUUGCACUAAAUACAGGCUCUGUACAAAAAAAAAAAAAAAGAAAGAAAAAAAAGUCUCAGCAUUUUAUCAUUCCAUGGAAGGAGAAUCUUUUGAAAGAAAGCAUUGCCUCCGGCCAGAAUUGGACAAUGAAUUAGACUGGUAUUAUGGGAAGCAUACAGUUAAUGUCGCUAGGGCUUAAUAAGCAGCUUUUGCCUAAUAUGCUUCCUUUCAAAGGGUUGGACCUUUAAAUUGCUGCAAAAAAGUAAAUUGUAUUUUUUUUAAGUAUUGGUGUUCUUUAGCUACGCUAAAAUGUGCUAAAUGCCUUGGUUUCUUUUCAAAGCUCGUGUAAUAUUUCUGAUUUUCCAGAAUAUUUGCAGUAGGAGUCUGGAUUAACACACACAUGCACGUGCAUACAAUUAAGAGUUCAUGUUUUAGCAAGACAUGGAAACCAACAUUGUGGGCAUAGCUAUUUUGAAAUAAUUCUCCAGAAGUUAACAUCUAACAUCUAGUUUUGCCAGCAUCACUGUACUUUUAUAUUAUUUGAAAUGAAAUAAAUAUAAUUAUGUAACUAACAAUUAUCCAAAUAGGUGAGAGAGCAAAUCAUGUAAGAAUACUGUCUGUUUCAUAGCCACACAGAUUUUGGACUUUCAGAAACAUUGGGAACUAAAUUUAGAAUUGGCAAAAGCCUGGAAGAUGAGUGUCCAGACAGAAGACACUCCACGAGCUAGCUAUUUUAGGAGGUGCUCCUCCAAGGGACCUGAUGGAAAUCUUGAACUUGGAAUUUAGAUUCUGCUCACUUGGACAUCCCCACAUCAUGGAUUCUCGCUGCCCCCUGUUUCAUGUGCUCGCAAUCUCAGCUAUUUGGAAGCCACCAGGAAUGCUUUCUAAUUAUCAUUUGCAACUAGAACUGUAAUCAGAAAAAAAAUUUGUAUUUUUGUAUAACUUGAUUGUGUGCCAUUUUAUAUAACAGGUCCUGUUUUACAAAUAAAUUUUGUUUUACUAACA